CGUCUCUGUUGAAGAAGGCGAGUCUUAAAGUUCCUUCAGCAUGGGCAGUCUUUCCUCAGAUGCAUCUGGACAACAGCAGCAUCGGGUCAUGGAGAGGUGCCCCUAGCUCUACCAACUCAUGUGCACGAAGGCGUCACUUGCAGUCUCGUCGGAGAAGACCCUCUUAUCCCGGUCCUGUCAGCGGGAUAGUGGUCCAAGCGCACCGACCCUGACCACCGGCUCCAGCAGAACCCGCAGGGGGCCGUGAGAGCACCGCGCCGGCGUGGGCUUGGUACGCGUCUCCGAGAAGAUGAAUAUCCAGAUUCUGUCCGAACACAAACUCUCAUCGGUGGCCCCCCUGAACCAGUUCGAUGUGGAGAAAAGAGAUGUAGAACUAACGCUGGUUAAGGACCAGAAUGGCGUCCAGUACACAAGUUCCUCCAUCGUUCCCACCCCUGCUGCCCGCGCAGGUCCGCCCGGAUCCUCCGACGUCGACCGAGAAACUUGGGGCAAGAAAAUAGACUUUCUCCUGUCUGUCAUUGGCUUCGCGGUGGAUCUGGCCAAUGUUUGGAGAUUUCCUUACUUGUGCUACAAAAAUGGAGGGGGUGCCUUUUUGAUUCCCUACAUCCUUUUCUUGGUGAUUGCGGGGAUGCCAUUGUUCUACAUGGAACUUGCCUUGGGCCAGUACAACAGAGAAGGGGCAGCUACCAUUUGGAAAAUAUGUCCCGUCUUUAAAGGAGUGGGAUACACUGUGAUACUCAUAGCCUUGUACGUUGGCUUCUACUACAACGUCAUCAUCGCCUGGUCCCUCCACUACCUGUUCUCCUCCAUGACCAGCGAGCUUCCGUGGCUCAAAUGUGGGAACAGCUGGAACAGUCCGAACUGCACCGAUCCCAAAGCCAUCAACGGAUCUGUUCUUGGGAACGGCACAUCUUACUCUAAGUACAAGAUCACCCCGGCGGCGGAGUACUAUGAACGAGGUGUGCUGCAUCUCCAUGAGAGUCGGGGCAUCCACGACCUGGGCCUGCCCCGCUGGGAGCUGUCCUUAUGCCUGGUUGUGGUGGUCUUUAUUCUCUACUUCAGCCUGUGGAAAGGUGUCAAGUCUUCAGGGAAGGUGGUGUACAUCACUGCCACCAUGCCCUAUGUGGUCCUGUUUGUGCUGCUGAUCAGAGGAAUAACCCUGCCGGGGUCGAUGGAUGGGAUCAGAGCCUACCUCCACAUCGACUUCAACAGACUCAACAAUCUAGAGGUGUGGAUUGACGCCGCCACCCAGAUAUUCUACUCUCUGGGCGCAGGGUUCGGCGUGCUCAUUGCUUUUGCCAGUUACAACAAAUUCGACAACAACUGCUACAGGGAUGCUCUCUUGACCAGCACUGUGAACUGCGUCACCAGCUUCUUCUCAGGGUUUGCCAUCUUCUCUGUGCUCGGAUACAUGGCGUACAAACACAAGGUGAAAAUAGAGGAUGUGGCCACAGAGGGGGCGGGCUUGGUGUUCAUCAUUUAUCCCGAGGCCAUCUCUACGCUGCCUGGCUCAACGUUUUGGGCCAUUGUGUUCUUCAUUAUGUUGCUGACUCUGGGGAUCGACAGCUCAAUGGGUGGCAUGGAGGCCGUCCUCACAGGCCUGACAGACGACUUCAAGAUCCUCAAGAGGAAUAGAAAAGUCUUCACCUUCGCUACAGCUUUCGGAACCUUCUUAGUUGCCUUGUUUUGUAUCACUAACGGUGGUAUCUAUGUGCUGACGUUGUUGGAUAAGUAUGCUGCUGGGACUUCUAUCCUGUUCGGUGUGCUAAUCGAAGCCAUUGGAGUUUCAUGGUUUUAUGGUGUGGAUCGCUUCAGUGAAGAUAUCGAGCGAAUGAUGGGCUUCAAGCCAGGACUCUACUGGAGGCUCUGCUGGAAAUUUGUCAGCCCGGCUUUUCUGCUGUUUGUGGUAAUAGCCAGUACUUUGACAGCGUCGGGCCUCAAGUACGACGAAUACAUCUUCCCCAACUGGUCCAACCUACUCGGCUGGGGUGUUGCCAUGUCCUCCAUGCUGUUUGUUCCCUGUUAUGCUGUUUAUAAAUUCUUCAGCCUACCGGGGACAUUCAAAGAGAGAAUAGCCUACUGCAUCACUCCAGAACAUGAGCACCAUUUAGUGGCUGAAGGAAACGUGCGGCAGUUCCACCUCAAACACUGGUUGGCCAUUUGAUCUUGAAUAUCCAGAAUCCUGUCAUCCAGCCUCACAUCUGGAGUUCCUGUGUGCCGCCAGCGGUCGGACAGGCUUCGGUCUCCCUCUGUAGCCUCCCUCUUCUCCCUGCACAUUUAAAACCCAUGGCCUUUGUUCACAGUGGCUUCAAAUGAUUUGAUUUCAGAGUUCUGCCGCGUGACUUUCUGAAGCCACCCUCCAGUUCCAGCUCAGAUGGGAGCAGCGCCACGUUUCUGUAUGGGCACAAAUAUGAUUUUAUAUACUAUUUGAAACAAUCAUAACUUUAGUUAUGAUUUUGUAUAGUUUGUGAUGUUUUUGUCUCUCGUGAGGGACAGAAACUAAAGUGAACCUCACAAUAAUAUUUCCCUGUGUGUCAUAAUACGUGGGGGGAUAAAAUCAACUUUUAAACUUGUUUUUUUUUAAGGCCUGUGCUUAUUUAUUGUGUUAUGUUUGGAAUAAAGUCUCUCUUCUUGCGAUUCUUUUGGCGCAGUCGCUUAUCUGUGUCAGUGCCUUAUCAAGCAAGACACGUCAUGUUUCACGCAGUCCCUUUAGAAAACCAAAAAAAAGAGAGAGAGAGAGAGAGAGAGAGAGAGAGAGAAAGCAACAUAAAUAAAACAAAAAUGUGUUGACUCAGGAAACUUUGAAUAUCAGUUUCAGUUUUCAGUUUAUGGGCCGUUAAUUUUAACGACGUCCUUUCAAACUGAAAACAAAGAACUGAAGGUCAGCAUCACAUCAAGAUCAAGCUCCUCAGCAAAUAAAAUAACAAAAAACAAACUUUACGGUAAAGGGAAAGUCGCACGCAUCUCCUCAAAGCUUUAUUAAUGCUUUUUUUUAUGCUUUUAUUAGCCAGAAUCUCAACCAGGCCUGGAUCUGAAGGGCAGAUCCAGGUUGGUGCCUGGCUACUUGGCGCUUGGCGAGGAGAAGAAUUCAUCAAACCAAAUGACGUAACUGUUACAGAUAGUUUUGUAUUCUUGUUGUCUGACUUUCUUUUUUUUUUUUAAAGUGUCUCUUCAGUGUGUGUCAGGAAUAUCUGUAGUCUUUCCUCCAAAGAAAUGAGGAUGUGCGGGUGUGUGUGCACCUGCACUGGGAUGUUGUUGUCAGUCAAACAGGACGCUGUUCGUCUGCAUGGAGAACUCACAUUCGCCUCUUUUGCUGUGCUGCAUAUUAACUAUAAUGUUUUCAGCAUAAAUGCUCACUUUUUUUUUUCGAGACAUGCCUUUUGUUGUUGCUCUUGUUCAUUAUCAUCAAAGUGCCAACAUGUUCCUUUAAGAGAGAUAUUGUUAUAUUUAUAUUCCUCUGUUUCCUUAUUUAUUGGAAUGAAGUUGAUUUUUAACCUGGAAUCAUUACGAAACAGUCUUAGUCAAAGGAAUACAGCCACAAAGAAAAAAAAAAGAAAAUAUGUGGAAAUAUAUAAGAAGAUAUAAAAAUAUAAAUAUAUUCUUUUGUUAUAUCUAAUCUUGUAUUUAUCAAAUUGUUUAUAGGAAAACGUGAAUGAAUGUAAAGUAUUUUAAAUGUACCUGUCCAUCGUCAUAACCUGGUGUUUGAUGUAUAGCUAAGAUGAACUAUUAAGAAAAAAAACAAACAAACUGUAUUCUUCAGUGUAACUCUGAGCUACUUUGUCUCAUAUUAAAUGUGGACAAAUAAACAGCCAGCUCUCCUGGACUAUGUUUACAGAAAUACUGUGUUCAAUACCAAUGUCCUGUUGACCGUGAGUGACAUCUAUCUGAGAAGUCUGAAGUAUUCACACUAUGAUAAUAAAGACUUUCUUCUACACACACGGAGA